GACGUCAUCUGUGCGCACUUUCGUCCGCUUGGCCUCGAUUGCCAUGGCCGUCUGCCUUGCGAAGUGGGCAGCACCUGCGUUUUCCAUGGCUCCUGUCCCUAUGGAGAGCGACAUGGAGAUGAGCUUCGGCAAGCAUCGUGGCCGCCUGAUUUCG